AUGGUUUCGUUAUUUCGCCAAAUGAUAAUGAUCAAUGUUGUUCCAUUUUCUGCAAAAGCGGAAAACCAAGAAAAUGUAAAGGAAAAAGAGAUAAUUGAUAAUCAGCUAAAGGGAAAGUACGCUAUUGCCGAUCUCAAGGACAUGGGCACAUUUGAUCCCAACAGAGAUUCCUUAUACUUGAAUAAGUUUUGCAUUGACCAUGGUCUACUCCUUGCAAUUGUACAAGGUAAACGUAAAUUGGGAAAUUUCGGAUCACGUCUGCCACCUAAUGAUUCACUUUGGGAUACGUAUUCAAGAGGAAUUCAAUGUAAUGUAAUACGUACCAAAAAUCCCGAUACAAUUGCAUUAGUCACCGACGAUAGUGAUUAUGAACCAAUUACAACGAUGGCCCUUAAGUAUAAUUGGAUAGUUGAAACUUGGUUCUGGGAUUUGGGAAUAUCCUUUGAACUUAAAAAUAAAACGAUCUUCACACCUCUAGAUAAAUAUUCUAAGUCCUUGUCCUUUUCAUAUGGUUUUGGACCUAACAUCACAAAGACAAUCGAUUACCGGUUAUCCAGUUCAGUAUUGGAGAAGCAAAGAUAUAAUGGAACUUUUCUCGUUUGGACGUCUUCAGUUGGUGGGAACGGUUAA